AGCGAGAGAUGUUGGUAGUUAAUAUAAAUAGGGGCACCCUUGGUUCUCUUCUCCAUCGAAACAAGAGUUGGGAGGAGACUUUCUUUUUGGUGUUUGUUAGGUUCAAAAUGUCUUCACCUUGUGAUUCAGUGAGUAUGAUCUCAAAAUGCAAAGUCGUUCCUCAGAAGAACUCUACUAUGGGAGAUCUGAAACUCUCAAUCUCAGACCUUAACAUGCUCUUAUGUCACUACAUCCAAAAGGGCUGUCUCUUCACGACCCCAUCUCUACCGUCACAAGCUCUCAUCCCUCAUCUCACCAAAGCACUGUCUCAUACCCUCUCGCUUUUUCCUCCCUUUGCAGGUCGCCUCAAAACCGAUGUUGACGGCUAUGUCUACAUCACAUGCAACGACGCUGGCGUCGAUUUCAUCCACGCUACCGCCACUCAUAUCUCCCUCGCCGACCUCCUCUCACCCUCCGAUGUUCAUCCAACUACUAAGCACCUCUUUCCUUUCCACCACAAAAUUAGUUACACCGCUCAUUCCUCCCCUAUCAUGGCCUUUCAGGUCACCGAGCUUGCCGACGGUGUUUUCAUAGGUUGUGCUGUCUGUCACGCCGUCACCGACGGUGCCUCCUUCUGGAACUUCUUUAACACUUUCGCAGCAAUUUCUCGAGGAGAAACCGCUUGUCUCUCCAGCCUCCCGGAUUUUCGUCGGGAUUCCAUCCUCACCUCCAAGGUCGUGCUUCAACUUCCGAAAGUAGAAAUAAAGGCCACCUUCAACGUUGAGGCACCAUUUCGCGAGAGAAUCUUCAGUUUCAGCCGUGAAUCAAUUCAGAAGCUGAAAGCCUUAGUGAACAAACGUCCGAUCAUGUUCACGCCAGAGAACAUUGAUGUCGCGGAUGAGACGAUGGCGAAGCUGAGCACUGACACACAACUGAAAACAGCUACAGAAGGCGUAAGGGGUGAAACAACAGAGAUUUCUUCAUUCCAAUCGUUGUGCGCACUGAUGUGGAAGUGCGUGACUAGGGCGAGGAAUAUGGAGAAGACUAAAGUGACGUCGUUUCGAACUGCCGCUAAUAUUCGGCAACGCAUGAAGCCCAAAUUGGGGGAUUGUUACUUCGGGAAUGCGCUUCAGAGCAUUACCACGUGUGCAACAGUGGGUGAUGUGGUGUUCAAGGACCUUCAAUGGUGCGCAGAGCAACUGAAUCGGAGCGUGAAGGCGUUUGAUAGCGCCACGGUGCAGCGUAAUGUGGAGAACUGGGAGCGUGAGCCAAAGUGCUACGAGUUAGGCAACCAUGACGGCGCCACUGUGCAGAUGGGAAGCUCGCCAAGAUUUCCGAUGUAUGACAACGAUUUUGGAUGGGGGAGGCCCAUAACGGUUCGGAGCGGCGGAGCAAACAAGUUUGACGGUAAAAUGUCGGCUUUUCCUGGAAGAAUUGGCGAUGGCAGCGUCGAUGUGGAGGUGGUUUUGGCGCCUGAAACAAUGGCGCAACUCGAGUCCGAUCCCGAAUUCAUGCUUUACGUGUCUGCCCAAUGCGUAGAGACACGUGUUUGAAUGUGAAGGAAACAAUAACUUUCAUCAUGUUGUUGCUGUUAGAUUAUAUUUAUGUUCAAGUUUAGUUAAGUUCUGCCUUGUUG